AUGGAGUCAGAGCUUCCUUGUAUAGUGGUUGGUGGCGGUGUUGCUGGUCUUGGAGCGGCUUGGGCGCUUCACGAUGCUGGACACCGCGUGUGCGUGCUGGAGGCGGAUCCGACGCACCUCGGAGGGCACGCCUACACCAUGGAAGUGCCUGUCUCGGGCUCCAGCCAAAUACCUAUAGAUGUUGGCUUCAUUGUGUAUAACACUGAAGCGUACCCGAACUUGGUCGCCUGGUUCGACGCGCUGGGCGUAGAGACGGAGCCUUCGGACAUGUCGUUCUCCGUGUCAGUACCUCGCGGAGCAACCGGCGGCGCUCGUCUGGAGUGGUCGAGUGAUAGUCUCUGGACUUUAUUCGGCGAUAGGCGCAACGUGUUAUGUCUGCAGUUUUACGGCAUGUUGCGGGAUCUGCUGCGAUUCAAUAAGGAGGCUAUUGCGCUUCUGGAGACACUACCGCUAGAGCUCACGCUCGAACAGUUCCUGGCACAGGGACGUUAUUCUGACGCAUUCAGGGACUGGUACCUGACGCCAAUGGUUGCUGCCGUAUGGUCGAGCUCCCCCAGUGAAGUGCUGCAUUUUCCUGCGCGAUCCAUCCUGGCAUUCUUCCGGAACCAUGGAUUCCUCCGGAUCUUUGGGCGUCCACAAUGGCGCACCGUUCGCGGCCGCAGUCAGGCCUACACCAGCCGAGUGAUGCAGGCCUUAACCAGUCCAUCACAGGCCAAUGGUGUGGUAUCUGAAGUUCGACUGGGCGCGCGCGUGACCCGCGUGCUUGAACGAAAACAGGAUAAGGCUGUCGUCGUCGUCGAGCUAGAGGAUGGUCAAGUUGUGCGCGGCUCUAGAGUAAUCUUCGCCACGCACGCUGACGAAACAUUGCGACUGCUCGCAGAAUGGGCGACACCGGAGGAACGCGCCUUUCUAUCCGCCUUCGAAUACGUCGAAAACGAGAUUGUCAUCCACCGCGACGCGCGCUUCAUGCCCCAACGACGUAGUCUGUGGAGCUCGUGGAACUUUGUCCCACAGGAGGACGGCCGCGCACAAGUGGAGGCAGCGUCAACAUGCAAGGUCCAGGUCACGUACUUGCUCAAUCGUUUACAGAAUCUGCCGAAAGACGUGCCGCCUCUGUUCGAGACACUCAACCCAGCAUUUCCGCCCGAAGAGGAGCUGGUACUCGCUCGUCUGCGUCUUGCGCAUCCGAUGCUGACGCGGGAAGCGGUUCUUGCCCAGACUCAGUAUCGCGAAUCGCUUCUGCGAGACGGUUGCAAACGAGAUAUUUAUUUCGCAGGGGCGUACUGCGGCUACGGCUUCCACGAGGACGCCCUGACAUCCGGCCUGGAAGUGGCACAGUGCAUCACAGAGCUGCCGAUGCGAUCGCUGCUAAAGCAAACCGCGUCGCCAGCUGACAACAAGCACCGGCGAGCGUUGAACAAUCACCAGGGUGCAUUACCCCCGGCACGUGUAUCUCUCUCCGGCACCGUUGGUCGAGCAGUUCACGCAAACGUGCUCAGCUAUCUCCAACGCUCAAUACGUUACGGUUCACUCAUUGUGGUCCUGCCUGACGGUACAGAGCAUGUUUGUGGCACGCUCAAAGUUAGCGCAUCGGAUAACCCGCACCUUCACCGUUUACUGGUUACAUACGGGCUGAACGAGUCGCCCGUGCGCGUGCAUAUCCGACGAUACGACUUUUUUUGGCGCGUUGUCUCCGGUGCCGAUAUCGGGUUCGCCGAGGCCUUCAUCGCCGGCGACUGUGAUGUCGGCGGCUGGACGUCGCGACACGGCGCUGUGUACACCUGCGCUGGCACCGAGCUAGUGCGUCUGUUCAAGUUGUUUAUCCUGAAUCGGGACGAGGGAGCGCUUUCUCCCGCCAAACUCGGUCUCGCAGCGCGCCUAGGCAUGUGGUAUAACGCAGCCCUGCACCUUGUAUGGCGACGGAAUACCCUCCGAGGCAGUCAGAAGAACAUUGAAUCGCAUUAUGAUUUAAGCAAUGACUUGUUUGCUACAUUUCUAGGCGAUCUCUGGGUAUACUCUUGCGCGCUGUGGGCGCGUCCCGAUAUGGAUUUGGACGAAGCCCAGCGAGCCAAACUGCAGCGCAUCAUCGAGAAACUCCGCCUCGAUACCGCGGAGUCUGUGCUGGAGAUUGGUUGCGGCUGGGGUGCGCUCGCGAUAGAGAUUGCCCGCCAGUAUCCCAGGGUGCGUGUGUUGGGCAUUACGCUCUCCAGAGAACAGCUGCGGCACGCGCAGGCGUGGGCGGCUCGCGUUGGUGUCGCUGAUCGUGUCACUUUCCGUCUGGAGGAUUAUCGAACGCUGACCCGAAUGCCAAAAGAGGAAGUGGCGCGUGGCGACGCCGCACAAGCUGGGCGCCCGGUGGAUUCGCGUAAUGGCCUGAUGAAGACGGCAGCCGUCGGGGGCCACGGACGCCACGACCUCACCUUCGACCGGAUAGUCAGCAUCGAGAUGCUUGAAGCGGUAGGGCAUGAAUUCCUCGGGGACUUUUUCGCCGCAUGUGAUCGCCUCUUGUCACCGAGUGGACUUGUUGUGGUGCAAGUCAUUACAACGCCGGAAGUGCGUUACGAAAGCUACCGCAAGUCAUCGGACUUUAUCAACAAGCAUAUCUUCCCCGGCAGCUGUUGCCCUUCGUUCCAUGCGCUGGUUCAUGCCUGUGCAGUGGCUGCACCAGCGCUCAGCGUAGUCGAUGUCGAGAGCAUUGGUGUUCACUACGCACCAACGCUGGCGUCUUGGCAGCAGCGUUUCAUGGAAAACCUUGGUCGAGUUCGCCAGCUAGGAUUCUCUGAGGCAUUUAUACGCAAGUUUCUCUACUAUUUGAGUUACUGCGAGGCGGGCUUUGCGACUCGGACGUUAGAUGAUCUGCAAAUCGUCUUUUCGCGCCCUGGAAACGUACUGAGCCUGGGGGGCGAGCCCCGAGUCUCCACCGUAGCCAGGUACCGAGAGCGCGGCGCGCUCGACAGCUCAACGAGCUAG